UACGCGCAAAGGCAACAUUCCGCUAGCAAAAUCCGUCUGCGAGACGUGUGCCAGAGACCAGUGUAGCACCCCUUUGACAGAGUGACAGUGAUAACAGUGGAAACAAGUUCCUAGUCUACUGUGCAUCACCAUCUCAAAGACAAUAUAGCUUCCAGUGGUGCGUGAGAAGAAAGAGAAAUAGAAAUAGAAAGAGAAAGAGAGAGAGAGAGAGAGAGAGAGAGAGAGCGAGAGAGCUUCUCUGCUUAGGCGACGGUGUGUGUGUCAAGUGUGUGGGAAAUAAGGGGGAUAGUGCAAGGACAACGAGGCAACCUCUGCCUGCUGGAAUCAACUUGUUGUUUGAUCUUCCCGAAGUGGAGCGUCCCGAAGUGUCGUCGUGUGUUCGCGCACGCACCUUUGUUGCGUCGACUUGGUUUUGUGUGUGUGUGUGUGUCUGGCUGUGUAUUUGCCUUCGGUAAGGCUUUGAACUGGCGUGGGUGUCCGAGGACGAAGGCACCCGAAAACACCUACGCACGCACGCAGGCUGACCCGUCCAGGCACAACACAAUCCUGGCUGGACGAUUUAUGCAGGCGAACCGACGGACCAGGUCAGUCAGUUCCCGACACUCGCUAGGAUCAGUACACGGAUCCGAAGAAGAGGAAGAAAAAAAGCAACACCUUGGCUUUGUGUUCCGAACAAGCACAACCCGUUAGAAGUGUGUGAUACGAACAGACGAUACGAACAAAACGGGGUGCAGACAAGUGAAGUGAGAAAAACGGCCCGAACUGAAACUGUUGAACAACAGGGCAACAAACUUUUUCGCCAGCAACUCUCUGGAGAGUGAUUCGUUACGGGGGAAGUUUUAUCCAGUCCACCAGCAGUACCACCAGAGUUACACACACCAAAUCAGGUACUAAUUUUGCACACAGUUUCGCACACAAUGGCCAACACGUGGACGCUGACGUGGGUCUUGGCGCUCUGUAGCGUGAUGAGCAUCGGAAGGGCUGCCUCCUCACUGCCAGGUAGCAGCAGUAGUAGCAGUAGCAGCAGUUCCAGUAGUAUCAGCAGCGCCAGUAGUAGUGGUAGCAAUGGUUUCCCAGUGUUUGGCACCAAACGGUACACUCGCUCUAACCUGCUGCCCUCGAGUGAGUACGGCGGUGGACAGGGCCUAUCGCUCCCGGUGUACCAUCUGCCUAACGCACGGUACUACGACGCCCAGCUGCCACCCCAGUACUUCCCAUACGCCCCGUACCAGCCCCCGGUGAGCAGCGAUUACUAUGACGAUGCGGGAUACUACGGCGACAGCGCGGGCAAGAGCUACUACUAUCUGCCCCAGCCGCAGCACCGUCGGUAUCAGCGCAACAACGAGCGGUACACCUCCUACGGGCUGCCGACGUACCGGGGCGAGUACAAACCGACACCGUACUACUACGCCCACGGGCCGAGCUACAGCUACUCGGACGAUCACGAAUCGAGCAACCCGCUGGACGAUCUGCACGAGGAGAUGCUGCAGGAGGAUGAGCGCGAGCGGGCCCGCGAUUACUACCCCGUCGGACAAGAGCAGUGGUACGAAAGUCCUUCCCGCCCGGAUUCGGCCUUCCUGCGCAAUCUGAUCCUGUACAACAGUCAGCUGGCGAACUUUGGUGGUGCUCGCGGUAGACAGCUUCCUCCUUUGGAUAUGUCCAACGAAGAAGACUUUGAGGAGUACGACGAUACCGAACCGGACUACGACUAUGAAGUUCCGAUUGCUGACACGCGAGCUCCGGGAUAUGGUGAGUACUUUUCCGGCAAUGGCUACCCAUCGGACAGUGUGCCAGCGUACGCCGUCGGUCCAGCGAGCAGCCGCAACACGUUUAGCAAGCUGAACAGCUUCCGCAACAGUAUGGCGAAGAAUCAAAUCGACGAGGAUGAUGAGGAGGUGCAGGAGCUCAAGUCGCUCAUCCACCAGCAGAAGAGCAGCCAGCGGCUGCCCCCGAUGCUGAUGGACAAGAUGGCUCCCUUCGUGCUGAAGCAGCAGCAACCGUACUCACCACCCCAGAAGCAAUCCCAGCAUCAGCAGCAACAGCAGCAGCAGCAGGUGCAACAACAGCAAGUACAUCAGAGACAAUCGAAACAACAGUAUCAACAACUUCAACCCCAGCAGCAGCAGCAACAACAACAACAGCUGCUACGACAGAAGGAACAACUUCUACAGCAACAGCGACUGAAGGAGCAGCAGCAGCAGCAGCAGCAGCAGGAACGUUUACUUCAGCAGCAACAACUGGAGCAGCAACUUCAGAAGGAGCAGAAGCAACAACAGCUCCUGCGCACACUCUCCUCCGACUACCAACCGACCUACGAGCAGGCGGACAACUGGCAGAAGGACAGCCCGAGCUACAAUGCGUACGAUUACGAUGCGGACGAGUACGACGAUUCCUGGAGCCACUGGGACCGCAAACGCAACGUCCAGCCGAAGAAGGCCACCUUCGUCAGCACUACGACCAAGAAACCCAAGGCCAAGGCGACUGCCGGCACUGUGGCACCGGUUACCUCGAAGCCUGCCGCCACAGUGGCGACGAAAGUGGCGACCGGCAGCGGCCAGAAGGAGGUCGUCCUGCCCAGACCCACCAACCCGCGGAACCUGUUCGCGGCCAACCUGAUCCAGGCCGUGGACGAAACGCGCAUGCAGCUCGGUACGCCCAAAACGGAGGACGGUAGCGCCAAGCAGCACAAGGAGGCAAAGUCCAGCAAGAUCUACGAUGCGUUACGGGCCAUGAUCAACAUGAAGCAGGAUGUGGAGGGUGCUGAUCUUCGUCAGCAGUUGGAGCAUCAGAAGCAGCUGGCACACAUCCACAAGCGUUUCGUUUCGAACGAGGAGUCGCUCGUACAGCAGCUGGACGGUUUGAAGCGUUCGGCUUAAGUCCAUCGCAACCGUCAAACAUCGAUUAAGUGAGUUUUUGUUCAGUGUUAGGACGACCCAUCUUUGUUCCUUCAUCUCUAUAGCUAGAUAUUUUCUUUUCUUGUGACAUUUCUCUCGAAAAAAAAAAACCAAAAACCUGCUCAAACUAUUCUCAUUUUAACUCGAAAUAGUUCUUUGUAGCUAAAUUUAUAUACCUUUUUUUUCAAAUACCAUCGAAUGUAACACUAGUGAAGCGCACAGUGCUGCUCUACUAGUUACCCAAUUAUACUGCAGAAUAGCUGAUCGUGAAACAAAGCAGAGCAAAAAAGAAACACACACACACAAAACAUGGUUGAGACUGAAUUCUUGUAUAUAUGGAGUAGCAUAAACAACAAACACUAUACCGGCUGCAACCAGCCAAAUAUAUACCAAAGUUUGCAAAGCGAACACUAAGGCGGCACUAGGCGGGAAGCCGCUGGAUGACGAUUCUUGUUAUACAUAUUUAUACCAGCCGCAUGUGAUUGAAGCAGAAGGUGGAAAACAGGAAUUAUUACUGCAACAAACACAGGCCAAAGACAGGAGACAAACAUGGCAACCGUACGUAUGUUUACUUUCUAAAGUUGACGCCACAAAAGUGACCAUACCAUUCCGUGCGGCCCUUCCGUGAGCUGUGAGACUAGCAACUGUGUGAGUUGGGAUUAACAGUGGCUGUCUGUGCGUGCUUUUGAGGCGGCACGGACUGGAAUCGUUACUUUUGACGCACAAUUGUGCACCCGAUGUUUAUGUUUUACGCUCUGGGCUGUAGUGCCCAAACUGUUUCCCCCCCUCUAUUUCGUUUUUUCGAUUCAGUAAUCAAACAAAUACAAAGUAGGGUUAAACAAACAAUGUGUCAAUUCGCCUUUCCUUUUCCAAUAUUUCCAUUACUGUGGCGUGCGAUGGGUGCGAUUUUUAAUUUAGGAAGCUCGAUGCUCGUAACAGAAAAGGCACAAAUCACUUAUCCUUUUGAGAGAGGAGUAAAAGGUGCGGUAAAGAAAAAAAAACCGCAGAAAACGACAAGCUUCAUCAUCAAACGAAAAGCAAAGCUGCUUGUUUUCACUGUACAAAAAGGAGAGAAGUAUCCCAACAACAUAAAAAGCAGCUAGGAAAAAAAAACAUAAGCUGUGGCCACCUUUCUUGGGAAAGUGCAAACACUCGUAUAUAUCAAGCAAAUGAUAACAAACAUGCAAAUAAGAGAAAAUGACACACACACACACUCAAGCGCACAUCGGGAUGUUGUUGAUGUGGUGAUGAAAAAAUAGGGGGGAAAAUAAACCCCCCCAUUGUCAAGAUAAACAAGUGGGACGAAAAUUCAUCCAGCUCUUUGAACUGAGAGCGCACAGACACAGACUCUUUCUAAGGUAACAGACACACACAAAGGGGAGUUUCACACCCCGUGCGAACAAAAAAAAAAUAAAAAAAUAAGGGCGCACACAUUGUGGCAAAAGUCCCUUCCAAAUGGCAGCUAGCGCCCUAAGCAAACACAAAACUCGGCAGCUCCAAAGUUGGCUCCACCAAACUCGUGCACACAAACACACACACACACACGUCCGGGGACAUAAUCACAUAACACGAUCAUGAGGCCAGGCGCACACACCAGAGGCAUGCGUUUGGUUGCGUGCGGUUGAGCGAAAGCGCGUCUGCGUUCCGUUACACGUUUGCACAAACGAUUAAGCUUGCCCUGGAGGCUACCAAGCUCGGCUACUGGAUCGUGUAUGUGUGUGUGCGUGUGUGAUGUCUAGGGGUGGGUUGUGUGGGUCGACGAGGAGCCUGGAAUCGAGUAACGAUAUAUUAGCGAUAAUAUAAAGUGCAAAACCUGUAUUGUAAAGGGACAGUUCAUACGGAAAACAAGGAAAAGCUCGUGUGUUGAAAAACGGUAUUAGUCACUAAGCGCAAGCAAAACAAACAAAUAACUACUAACCGGUCUACUUAUUGAUGUUUAAACAAACAAACACUCAUCAACACACACACACACACAUACAGUUGCAGUGGAACAGAUUACAGUUUACGAUGGUUCGGCACAGCUGUUUGGUUCUGUUUGGAUUGGUAACCAAAAGGACAAUUUAUUUACAAAUUUCAAAAUGCGUUACGAUAUCAUGUAAAUGUGUGUGUGUGUAUGCUGUGUGAACUCUGAACACUUACUAUACAAUCAAAUCUGUACAAAAACUGUAAAUAGCAGCAGCAGCACGGGUGCGUGAAAAGAAAAAGCACACAAUUAAGAACAUUGAAAUCAAGAGCUUUCAAAUCGGUCUCAAAUUUAGCUAAGCAUGCCGUGCUUUCGCAUUUUACUUUUCCCCCAUUUGGUUACCACCUCUUUUGCUAUUUGCUUUUCUUCUUCUUCUUCUUAAGCCACAAUUUUCUCACUUUUUGCACCGUAUUUUGUUGGGCUUUUUCAGCAACACCCCGCCAUGUAAAUAUAAAUAACAAACAAAAAGCAAACAAAUACACAUAUACAAGCAAGCCUUAUUCGUCUUGGGUACCUAAUCAACAAUCAAGUAUCACACCACACUCUAGCAUUAUAAAACUAAGCAUUAUUGCGCGUGCACUAAUUAAGAAAUGCACACUGUCCCUUCCCGCGGAAAACGGUUUACAGUUUUUCCUUAGUUUCUCUCAACCCGCUUCCGCCCUUUCGCUCCUACACUGGAACGCUUUUCCCGACUUCGCUCCAAGCAUGUGUGUGUGUGUGUGCGCACUUUUUGUUUUCUCCACUCUCCCUGAUAGCACUGAUAGCGUCAGCGUCGUAAAUCAACAUUAACAGAGAACAUGGACUGCAUGUAGCUAUUAAACAAAUCUAUUCAAAUGAAAGUGUUUUAAACAUAACAAAAAAAAAACAUUACAAAAUACUGCUAGCUCUGCCACCUCACAGAGGGUGCGGGCAAACUGGGAAUGGUGUAUAAGAAAAGCUUUAAAAGGAAAUUCAAACCAACACAUACAAGAAAAAGCGCUUCAUCUUAAAACGAGUUUAGCUAACAAGCUUACGCGAGCACCCAGUCUGUGGAUCUAAUGGGCAGGUGUGGUUGACGUGUUCGAUAGGGUGCGUGUGAGGGCUACUUUCACGUACUCUCUCCUGCAUUGCUUAUCGUAAUCGCUUUCCGUGUUUCCGUCUACUGGCCGGCGGUAAGCUCUAGGUAGAAAUAAGAUCAACCCAAAAUUGAUUCCUUUGUAUUUUUGUUUACGCAAAAAGGUUCACUUCUGUUUAACGAUUACUCAUUUCCUUGUCUUAUUACGGACAAUGGGGUCGAACGGAUGGAGGAGAGUGUGUAAUUAUAGUUCGCUUUAAGCACGCACAGCAACUCCAACCGGUAAGCUUUUAAGGGUACCAAACUCUUGUGUUUUUUGUUUUGUUUUUCAUCAAACUCAAGCAUAAAUGUGCCAGAAAUAGAGCUACAAGCUCCCAAAAUAGUUUAGCAAGCAAUCGUUUGCUUUGCUACACGUUGUUUUCGUCGUCCGCCCUUUGUUGGGGUUGCUUUUCGUUCAUUGCCUUGCUGAUAAAUCGGUCAGGAUAAAAAGGUCAUCAACAGCGAGGCGAAAUUACUCCGAAAAUAACCACAAUUUGCUACGUCAUACACAAGUGUUGUGUUUUAAAGGAAUAUUUGGUUAAAUAUAGCUACAAGCGGGAGAGCAAUGAAUGGAUUGUUGAACGUACUUGGAGCAAGAAAAGUACCAUUAUUGAACCAGUGAAAAUACAUUGCAAAACAUAACUCAAUGUUAAAUUAUGUUUUCAGAAGCUGCUGAACCAUUCAAAGAAAGCAAGUCUGCACACGCACUAGGGACAAUGCAAGUGCGCCAAUAGAGUACAGAACUUGCUGCCCCGUUUUCAAACCAUCCCCCCCCCCCCCCCACACAAUUGACCGUGUGUCCGGCUAUGUGUCGCGACGACUGACUGCGCGAGGCAGAAACGUUAUUCAACAACCCUCUUACGCUGGCAAACAGCAAAAGUGCACCCAACCAAAUCAAUCAGAACGGAAGAACCAAACCAUGGGGAGAACCAAUUGUGGAGGGAAAAUCCGGUGCGGGAAAAUUAUGUUCCUCGCCGCUUUACCCGGGAAUAGGUUUCUUGUGAUCGAAAAAGGUUUUUGCCAAAAAAAAACAAGUCCUCAGCCCGGCAUAUAAGGUAGCAGAGAGUUUGAACACUGUUCUGGCACACGGCCAGAAUUCUGCUUCUGCUUCCCCAAAGUCUGCCGGAAGCCGGGCAAGAGUGCAUUCACCCCCAGCAUUUCGGGAAUGUUUGCCACAUUGGCCGAUGGCUGCCGGGACCGAGGAGUUUAUAAAAAAAACCGCCGCAACCGGACCAGGGAUGACACAUACAGGAACCACAUCCUUGUGCCAUGCGCGCUGACAGAGAGGAAUUGAUUUUUUUACGUAUUCUCUUCCUCCCACUCAGCUCGAUCACGACAAACCUAUGUACACUGGAUUUCGGGACCGGGUUUGCUUGCUGCUGGUCAGCUACCAGCAGCAGCUGCAGCAGCAUGCCAAUAAUUUUCACCAGACAGAAAGAGAUUUGGGGGACACAAAAACAAAAAGGGAAAAAGAACAACUUAAAGUACCCAAAAAUCUCACCCUCCCAAAAGAGGAAGCUAUCCUUCUGCAAGCGACUAAAAGUUCCCAAAAGACGUCCCUUGCGGUGUACGUGAUGUCUUCAUGUUCCUCUCCAAAGAGGGGAUUGGGAAUCAAAAAUUCUGAUAAGCACCAAAGGGUUCUUGUUUGGGAAAAGUUAAUCGCAAAAAUAGCCCAACCAACUUACACAAACAGCAAUAAUACACAGCACGAAAAAAAAAUGGCAAACGAUCCAAAGGACUCCCCCUUUAUGGUAGGAAACAGGGUAAAAAGAUCACCCGAAGGGAUAAUCGAAAAAUGGAUUCUUAAUUUUGUGAACAAAGAUUUUGAUUUUGAGGACUGCAUGUGGGACGAUACUUCAUGCUUUCCCACGCAAAUAUAAAAGAAAGGGAGACGAGAGAGAGAUAGUUAGAAAAAGGGAAAGAGAGAGAGAUGGUAAGAAUGUGUGGAUGUAAAGUAGUGAUACGUAGAAUGAAAAAAGUUAGUAAAUGGAUUAGGAGAGAAAUUGCAAAAUGGGAAUAAAAAAAAGAUAAAGAAAAAGGAUCACAUACACAAAUUUGACAAUAAAAAUAUUGAAUCGUUUUUAAAACAAACUAUUUGUCGUUAGGUAAAUAGCUGAGCGAGCGCUGGGUUGGGUUUGGGAAGUUUGAGACGUGAGAACAACAUGCGACAAGAUACAAAUAAGAGGCUGUCCUUAUUUAGUCAAUGUAUUCUUCUGUACUCACACAAACGUUUUUACUUAUUGUUGUGCUAUAAAUUUGUAUAAAAAAUUCAAAUACCUACUUAUAUGUUUUAUUUAAGAUAAUUUUUCGCUCAUUCUUUCGUUAGCUGCCUUUGCUUCUGAAAGGGGUAUAUUUUCAUUUGCUUUACCACUAUCAUACCAAUAUCAAUCGCUGCUCUAACGAAACUGGAAAGCUACAAAAGAAAUAAACAAACUUGAGAUACUUGAAAUAGUGCCAACUUUUCUAAUAGUUACGCAGAGAUGCAUAUUUCUCAGAUGCUAUAAAAAAAACGAACGAUGUAAAUCAAAUGGCUGUAAAUGGGGGGCAUGGAGGGUAGUCGAGGCUAGAAUUAACGAACAGAAGAAAGCAUAAGCAUUCUAUAUUGAUGUGUAUAUUUUUGGUACCUUGCGCAUUUCUGAAUAGUGCAUAACUUGAUGGACACUCAUACUGGACACUGGAUCUCAAAAUUUGUUACCUUUAAGCAGACAAACAUUACUUUUGCAACUACCAGUUAAUAACGAAAACCAUAAAACACUGCAGUGUGAGAAUAGUUAUUCCACAUGAUGUUCUAAUCAUUACAUCAACGACAAGAAAAUACAAAUUCAUAACAGAAUUACAGAAUGUAAUAGAAAUUGGCAAACAUGUAUGAAAUAAACACAUUCCAGCAAAAUGAAAUAAAACAAAACACAUGAGCACAAAUUACAGUAAAUACAAACGAAGUCCAUGCUAAGCAAGCAGAUGGAAAACAUUGAAAAUUUCAAUAAGCUACCCAUACAGUACAGUACACAGUAUACUAGUGUAAGUGAUCCGUGGUAUGAUAUUCAACCAAGAGUCGUGAAGGGUGAUUGCAUAAACAGCAGAAAAUAAUCAUACGUUUUUGUCGCUAUGAUGAGAACAUAACAAAGUAAAGCUAACAGGUGAAACAUCACAACUAACAUAAUUUUAAAAGCCCGAGCAAAACCGAAACAUAACAUAGACAAUGAAAUCUUGUUGGUGAUAGUAUUGAUAAUGCUGCUAUGAAUUGAAUCGAGAAGCUGAAAAUGCCGAUAUAACUGAGUAACAGGAACAUAAUAAUGAUGGAUAAACAAAAAGAGAGAUAGAGAGAGAAAGAGAGAGAGAGAGAGAGAGAGAGAGGGGGGGGGGGAGUAGA